AUGUCAGGUGUUGGUGGGCCCUCAAAGACGCCGCAUGAUGUUGUAAUUGGGGUGAAUGAUGAGGAUUCAAACACUUCAGAACACCUGAAGUGGACUCAAUCCCUGAAGACACUCCCUUCCAACGCAUCCAGCAGAGCCACCCACCACAGUACGACAUGUACAUCCUCGCAGCCACACGAGAUACGCAGGCGGUUGUCCCACGUCGCGAGACGAGCUUCUGUUGCCAUAGCCGAUGUUGCGCAUAAGGUUGACCCACUUGCAGUAACGGAAGGCAACCCCUUGGGUCUUGCCAUCAAUGAGAUUCGAGGCGUGUCGUCCACCGGUUACUCUGCACCAGGCCAGUUCGAUGCUCGUCGAUAUUCUUGCGGAGACCCCAAUCCUCCAGCUGUAGCGUUCCCCGAGCCUGCACGGAUUUCCCAAGCAUCCGACCCAUCUUCCGACGAUUCUACUGUUCGACCAGGAAUGAGUGAGAAGGUAGAUGACUACUUGAUUCAGAGACUUGCGAAGCAUGACGACAUCGAACGGCUCUCAAGGCUCAAACGCUUAGUUUACAGGCUCCGCCCAAUCUUGAUCAUCUUUUCAGCCGCAGCCAACUGGUUGUAUUUCGCUUUCCGCGUCAAAUUCACCCUAGAUGCAGAGCAUGUUGCGCACCGGACGUUUUGGAUGGCAUGGGCUUUCAUUAUUAUUGAGUGCUGUUUGUCACUUCCGAUCGUGAUGGACAGUCUCUGGGGCUUCCAUAUCACUGGAAGGAGAAAGAGGCCAAAACUUCGCUUGGUUGGAGACAACGUCCCCUCGGUCGAUGUGGUCAUAACUUGCUGCCGCGAAGAGGAUGAUCUGAUCCUGGAUACUGCCAAAGCAGCCUGCAACAUCGACUAUCCCCGCGAACGGUUUCGAGUCCUUGUCUGUGACGACGGAAAAUCCGAAUCAUUGCGGAACUCAGUUGAGAAGCUCGCCUUGACCCAGUUCCCAAACCUCUAUUACCGAUCCAGACCGAAGUUCCCUGGCGUACCGCACCACUUUAAGGCCGGCAAUUUGAACGAUGCUCUUGAAGCAACCAAAAAGUUACCAAAUGGUGCGGCCAAUUUUUUCGCGGCUCUUGAUGCUGACAUGAUUCCCAUGAGAGACUGGCUCCGGGCGCUCCUGCCUCAUAUGCUUCAAGAUCCAAAAUGUUCGAUGGCCUGCCCGCCGCAGUUGUUCUACAAUGUGCCCAAGGACGACCCACUCUGCCAGAGCCUGGACACGUUUGUGCAUAAUGCGGAACCGAUAAAGGACUCCCUUGGUGUAGCUUGGUGCACUGGAUCCGGUUACGUGUUCAGACGCUCGGCCCUUACCUCAAUCGGUGGUUUCCCCACCGGGUCUCUUGCUGAAGAUGUCUGCUGUUCAAGCAUGCUUCUCGGCUCAGGCUGGAAUACCGCCUUCGUCCACGAGCCACUGCAAUUUGGAACCGUUCCCGAUUCUCUGCAAAGCCACCUGAAACAACGUACAAGAUGGACCAUCGGCACCAUCCAGACCGCCGUGAAACUGCGAUUCAGUUUAUUUGGUCCGCGGGUGAAACACAUGACGACGGCGCAGCGACUGUGCGGGUUUGUUUACACGAUGUCUUCGCUAUUCACGGUGUUCCUGGUGGCGUCAUUAUUCACUGCACCUGUUGUGCUCAUUUCAAGCGGCACGCUUGUCCCCUAUGCAGACAAGAACCAGCUGCGAUGGCUCGUACGCGCGGCAUGGCUCACCGUGGCCGUUAAUCGUGUGAACGAGAUGAUCUCGUUCUUGCCUUCUGGCUAUCGCACUGGCCAGAGAGAUAACAGGGCCCGGUUGUGGAUGUCAUUCUUCCACGCGAUCGCGGUUGUUCGUACCUUUCUCCUACCUAAGUGGCUGGGAGGCAAAGUCGCCGUCUUUACAUCGUCCGGGUCGCAAAAGGACCAACUCAACGAACGGAAUCCCCAACUCCGAGCUCCAUUGUUCCGUCGUCUCAAAGUCGUUAUUUGGGAUUGUCAAUGCUAUCUUCACGUCCUGUACAUCACGUUCAUCUUGGCAGCAGUUAUCCUCAGUCUCCAAUACAACCUCACGAACCCGGUCAACACCACCACAAAGAAGUUUCUGAUUGACAUACUGACACAUUCGGGUUGGCCUCCUCUAAUCUGGAUGACGUGCGGUCUGUCUUGCUGGGCCCCGAUCAGCUAUGCCAUCUUCCCGCCGUCUAUGCCGGACAGGGAGGAUCUGUUGAACAGAGAUCCCGUGACCGGGGUGGCUUACCCUAAGGAGGAGGCGAAGAAGACCCAGACUUCAUGGAUUGCGUGGUUCCACGAGUCUCACUACACUUUCAUCACUAUCUAUACGACCGUGGUCAUGGUUCUGUCUUUCUGGAUCGAGUGA